AUGGGAAACCCAUCCACUUCUGGACUGACAGCAUCUGUCAACUUCGCCACGCUCCUAGCUGGAUGCGCUUUUCUUGGCCUGGUAGUAUCUAUGCCUAUACUCUUCACUGUCAUGAAUAACAUAGAGGAGGAGUUGCUAGCAGCCCGACUUGUCUAUAAUGAGAUGUCUGACACCAUGUGGAAGGACCUCAUUUACGAAGAAAAAAUGGCUCGCAGAACGCCGCGACAGACUUACCGCGAAGGAGUUGAAGGAAGCAAAGAGGGAGAGAAAGGUGCUCCUGGAAGUCCCGGUCAAGAUGGACCUGUAGGUGAAGAAGGACCAGAGGGUCUACCGGGCCAUCCCGGACCAGCUGGAGAGAUAGGAGCAAGAGGUGUUCCUGGUGAAGAUGCAGUAAGUUUCGGAAAAGGAGCUCCUGGUCCCAAGGGUGAAAGCGGACCUCCAGGAAUGGCGGGAGAUGAAGGACUUCCCGGGGAAAGAGGAGAUGAUGCUCAGCCAGGACCACAAGGGCCACCUGGACCAGAAGGAGCACCCGGAGAUAUUGGACACGAUGGCUUCCCUGGUCUUGCUGGUGGACUUGGACUGGACGGUGCAGACGCAGAAUAUUGUCCUUGCCCAGAGCGAAAAAGUGGAGCAUCUGGCAAUGGUUCAGCAGCUGCAAAAACCACAACGACAGUCAAAACCGAAGUGACUACUACAACUUCUGCCGAAGAAGGCACUCAAUCCACUUCAUCAACCUCCGAAAGAGGGGAAGGAGGCGAACAUGCUACUAGUCUGACAACUGAUGCAAGCGCUAAUGUGGGUGGCGGAGGAGAAAAAGAAGGCACUAAUGCUGCUAGUACGACUACUACACCAGAAACCGGUCAUGGUUCAAGCACGUCAUUCUCUGUGGGAAUUGAAGGUCAGGAUACCAGCGUUUCGCCUUCUGCAAGAGCCUCUGAGGCCCCUGAAGGUGCCGGAGGAGGAGCCGCUGAAGUUAAGGAGUCUGAACAUCAUGACGAAGCGUCUGGUGCAAGUAAAGCCAAAGCCGACAAAAAAGAAAGCAAGAGCUCAGAAAGCUCGGAGGAGAAGAAGUCGCAUGCUAAAGCUGGCAAACAGAACGAAGAGCGAUCUACUGAAGAUCUCAUCAGAGUAAAGGAAGUAGAUAGUCUGGCGACUCCGAACGUCGUUGGAGGAGGGGCUGUGCCCGAAGGAAAAGUGAUUAAAAAGGCUGCUGAGCUCGAUAAAAAGGCCUUUGCCCGUACUCUUCGCAGGAGAGUUUUGCUGAAGGCAGCUUGA